GGCGUUGAAGUCGGGCGCAUCCUUUAUCCGAGCCGACGGGCAGGAAGUCGAGGUAUCAGCAGCAUGAGCAGCACCCACCAGAAGCACCAGCGCUACAUCAUCCGGCGCUUCCCGCCCUUCGUGGACGACGACAUGAUCCUACGCCACGAGUGCCUCCGCCUUCUCAUCGUCUUCACGUGGGCGCUCCUCAUUUUCGCAGCGACGGUGCUGGGGGCGCUCACGUGCGACUACUUCUUACAGGAGCCGCUCUUCUACUUUACGGUGCUCAUGGUGCUCUUCGUCGUGGCGCGGGCCAUUUACCGAUAUACGCACGAGUGGCCCGAGGGCCUGCGCAUGCGCUGGAGCUAUUGGCACGAGAUUGAACUGUCCAUGGCGACGUACCGACUCAAGAUCUUGGGCUACUACCACCGCAAGAUCGACCGCCAUCUCGGCCGCUUUCCGCGCGGCGCGACCACGGAAGCGCAAAUGCGGCAGUACUACCUCCUCCGAGGCGUCGUGCUUUCGCUCCUCUUCGCCACGGCUUAUGGCACCUUUGCCAUUCUCUUGGCUAUUUGCGAUGAAGACGCGUACACGCAAGUGCUACUUCUCUAUGUGCUCGCCGUCGCGUCGGUGUGUGUUUUGUAUCGACUUGCUAAGCUGCACUUGAUCGAGCUGCCACAAGUGCUCGUGCUCUACCAGCGCCCCGAGUUUGCCGCAGAUAUGCUCUUUACGGACGACGAGCGCACGCCAUUUGCGCAGCCCGUGGCGACAUACGAGACAACAACACGCGUUUAAUACCUUGUUGAAUACACCGGGUCGUCGUCUACGAAUGCACACGCGGGCAGACAACUAGAGCUAUCGAUCGAAG